AUGGCGGAUCGCUACUCUUUCUCCCUCACCACAUUCUCUCCCAGUGGAAAGCUGGUGCAGAUUGAAUAUGCCCUAAAUGCUGUCAAUCAGGGUGUCACAGCUCUCGGUAUCAAAGCAACCAAUGGAAUUGUCCUCGCUACCGAAAAGAAAUCCUCCUCCCCACUGAUUGACCCUCCUUCGCUCUCCAAAAUCUCUCUGAUCACCCCCGAUAUUGGUAUGGUCUACGCUGGCAUGGGGCCUGACUAUCGCGUGCUUGUGGACAAGGCUCGUAAGGUCUCCCACACGGGAUACAAGCGCAUCUACAAUGAAUACCCCCCCACACGGAUAUUGGUGCAAGAUGUCGCCCGGGUCGUCCAGGAAGCGACGCAGUCCGGAGGUGUCCGUCCAUAUGGUGUCAGUUUGCUGGUUGCUGGCUGGGAUGAGGGUAUCGAGCCUGAGGCGGCAGACAUGAUGAAGAAGGAUUCUGAAUCCGACAAGCCUACGGGCAAGACGGGCGGCAUCCACAAGGGCGGACCUAGCCUCUACCAGGUUGAUCCCAGCGGCAGUUAUUACCCGUGGAAGGCGACAGCGAUUGGCAAGCACGCGACUAGCGCCAAGACCUUCCUGGAGAAGCGAUACACCGAGGGCUUGGAAUUGGAGGAUGCGAUUCACAUCGCGCUCUUGACGCUGAAGGAGACCAUUGAAGGAGAAAUGAACGGGGAUACGAUAGAGAUUGGUAUCGUUGGACCCCCUGCGGAUCAUCUGUUGGGCUUCGAGGGCGUCGAGGGUGCUCAAGGUCCCCGAUUCCGCAAGUUGACCAAGGAGCAGAUCGAGGACUACUUGACCAACUUAUAG